GUCCAAAAAGGCAAGAAACAACUCAAUGCGAUAACUCCGAGUAGUGUAGUCACAAGGAAACGGUGUAACCUUCUGCGUCUCUCAGUUGUAUUAUUCAACAUUGGACGCUAAUUUACGGAGCAUGAGAGUCUUAAUAGGAGGAGGAUCAGGCUUUGUGGGCCGUGAGCUGACUCGCCUCCUUAGAGACAAAGGUCAUGAGGUCACAGUGAUAUCUCGACAGCCUGGUCCAGGGAAGAUAACAUGGAGUGAGUUGGAGUCGAGAGGCCUUCCACCAUGCGAGGGCGCCGUCAACUUGGCUGGAGAGAAUCUGAUGAACCCUCUACGAUGGUGGAAUGAAAGCUACAAAAAGGAUUUGUUCUCCAGUCGUAUUGACACUACAAAAGCUCUGGCUCAAGCCAUUGCUGCAUCCUCCAGUCCUCCUCACUCCUGGGUCCUCGUAUCAGGUGUUGCUUGUUACAAGCCUAGCCUGACAGCUCAGUAUACAGAAGACAGUGAAUGGACACCAUUUGACCUACUGUCCAGACUUGUGAAAGAGUGGGAGGCCUCUGCACAUCUUCCUGAGAAUGUGGCAAAAACCACAAAACAAGUCAUCAUCAGGCCUGGGGCAGUAUUGGGCUGCGAUGGUGGUGCCAUGAAACAAAUGCUGCUGCCCUUCUGGCUGGGCCUUGGGGGCACCUUGGGGUCAGGACGUCAACCUUUUCCUUGGAUCCACGUUUCGGACCUGGCAGGAAUCAUCGCCCACGCCCUGGAGCCCCCUGCCGGCGCUCCUUCCCCUUCGCCGCAAGUUUUCAACGGAGUCGCACCUGCACUGAACACCAACUAUGAGUUCACAAAAGAACUGGGCCGGCUGCUGAGGAGGCCCACCAUUAUUCCUGUGCCUGGCUUUGCCAUGAACACCCUAAUGGGUUCUGAGAGGGCGGUGGUCCUCACGCAGGGCCAGAAAGUCGUGCCAAAGAGGACUCAAGAGGCCGGAUUUCAUUACAGGUACCCAGACUUGACCUCAGCCCUGAAGGAGAUUGUGGGGAGUUACCAGACGCAGAAAUAACGUGUUCUGUUGAUGCUUGGUAAAGAGGUCUGAGCACCUGAUAGAAAUAAAUAUAGAUGUGAUGCAACCCUGCACACGUUUGGGGCACACUGGGAUCCAGAUGUUCCAGCUGGUUCAAGUUUUGAAGUUCAUAUCACAGGAUUCCACUUCUCAUGUUCUAUGGAAGACCAUGGAUGUUUAUUUUUUCCUGUUUUGCAGUGUUUGCUAAUUUCUUUCACAUAGAACAGACUGAUGUGUGGACAGGCGAUAAUACGAACAGCAGGGCUGCAAAUAAUUAUUUACAUCUUUAAUUUACCUGAUGAUUAUUUUCUUGAUUAAUCGUUUAGUCUAUAAAGCUUUAGAAAACAAUGAAAAAUGUUCCUCACAAAUCAUCCUCAAAUGUUUUGUCCAACAAACAGUCAAAAAACAUGAAAAGAAUCAACUUACUUCAGUGUAAGUCAAGAAAAAGCAGAGAAUUCUCAUGUUUCAGAGUUUUUGCCAGAAAGUUACCUAAUUUAUUCAUUAUUAUUGUUUUCUCUCAAUCCUAUUCUGCAUUUACACAUUUUGUCUCCCUUCAGUGUUUACACUUGCUGACUGAGAAGUUGCAGAUAAAAUCUGUGCGACAGAGCAGGACAUCUUAAAGCUCCACUUUUAAGCAAUAAAAAGUGACUAUGAAGAUCAGUGGUGCUUUUGGACUUUCUUUCUUUCUGAAAUGGGAUGUUAAUCAGCUGUGUUUCAGUUUUAACAUAAAGUACUGAAAUGUGCAGGAGGACAUGUCUUGUUCUUCAUUUUGGGACUUUUUAAAUAUCACAUUAUUGCCCAAAGUGCAGCAUGCUUGUUACAAGAAAUGGACGGUGAUGUGGUGGACAAUAAAGCUGAGCAAAGUACAUAAAGA